AUGCAACCUUACGGGAUGUCAACUAGCAGGACGAACAGGCGACCAUUGGUCGCUUCCCGUGGUGGUCCAAAUGCCCCCCAACGCAAUUAUGCGAUGGUCACUGGUCCCGUUGACCCUAGCACAUCACUUAUUCGCUAUGAGCUUCCAUUUUCACCAGCUGAUCCAAAACGUUCCGUUAAGCUCCGCCGUCGUUUCGGCGAGCCCAUAGAAGAGAGCGUGGUGGAUCCCAACGUGCGUGUGGUGCUGGACUCUUUCAUUCCCCCACGGGCUUGGUAUGAUGACGAUGGGGUGUUGUGGGUCCAGCACGCGAGCCCGAAGCCCGCCUCCCGUACUGACACUGUCGAAACACACGAGAAACUGAGGCGUCGAUUGCGGGAGACGGGUGCGAAGCGCACGGGCAUCUGUCCUAUUCGAUCUCUUCUACUAGCCGAGUGUUUCCUCGAAGUGAUACGACAGGUGACUGUCGAGUGCUGGGAACGUGGUUUAGUGCUCCUAAAGAUUCACGCGGAAAGAGUGGCGGCGCAAACGGCACACCGCGAGUUGUUCGAGUCGCGCGUCGGGUAUGCGUUUCGUUUGGCACUGAAGGGUGAGAAGGAUACAAGCCGUGUCCAGCAGGAUUUGGGGAAGUUGAAGAAACGCAUGGAAGAACUUGCGGAGGAGGAAAAGACGCUGCGGCAGCAGUGUGACGAGGCAUCGGCGAGGGGUGAGGAAGAAAUGCUUAUUGUGGGGAAACAGCACAGCGAUGAGGUGGCAGCAAUCAAGAAGGAAGGCAUACUGAAGCGCAAUCAGCUAGAGCACAUGAUUUCGAUGCCUUCAACUCCGUAA